UUUUCUGUCGUUUCGUUCAGUUGCGCGUCACGGAUCCAGCAGAAGGACCCGCUGCCUGCAUCCAGCCUGAUGCGCAUCGGGCUGGAUGCAGGCAGCGCAGCGCUCGUGUUUGCGUCCAGCUCGCCUCAGAUAGGACCGUCUGAAGCGGAAAUGCGGAGUCGCCUGCCUCCCUUACCUCCCUCCCUCCCCCCGUCGCUCUCACGCCUCCCUCCAGCCUCGCGCUGCCUUCUUUGACUGCAGCAGAAGAAUCCGCUGCAUCGAAGAACGAAAAUUAGAGAGAAAUCCCGCCGCGAUGCCGACUCCCUCUCUGUGAGGCCGAACGACAGCGCAGACCGGGGGGGUCCGGGCUCAUCCUCCGCGCGGCGAUGCUUCGGAGCAGAACAUUUGAUGGUUUCCGUCACUCAAACUCAACAGGACUGAGGAGCCCCCCCCUCUGUUAGAGCUCAGUUUAAUUACUCCCAUUCAAUGGAAUCAGACAGUUCAACUAAAUCGUCAGUUGUCUAACUGGCUCCUUUGUACAGUGCUCCAUUUUCUGCCUUGAAUCUGUCUGUGGUUUUGGAAAAGAAAUAUCAUAAACCCAAAUAAAAAUAGGAAGCUUAUAUUCUCUCCCUGACGUGCAAUAAAAGUGCAACGGAAGUGAAGUUAAAGAGCCAACUUUCCUUGUGCUGAGAUGGAUGAAGCGCAUAACAACAGGACUUCCUUGGCCAAAGGUGCCAAGGACAUAGCAAAGGAAGCCAAACGGCACGCUGCCAAAAACCUCAGCAAAGCUGUGGAUCGGGCUUCGGACGAAUACUCAGCUCAUCGAAGCUACAACCGAUUCCAUAACGAUGAUCAGGAAGAGGACAAUUACAACAACUACGUUCAGCAAGAUGGCACCUACCCAAACAAUGCAGACAAUGACGAGGACGGGGCCUCCAGUGAUGCAACAGAGGGCCACGACGAUGAAGAUGAGAUCUACGAGGGCGAGUACCAAGGUGUUCCAGCCUACAACGACGGGAAGGUGCAGGACAGUCAGGUAGCUUUGGGCAAGCCGGUCUCCGACAGCGCAAAGAGCCGGAAGGAGCUGGAAAACGAGAGGCAGGCGGACGAGGAGGAGCUGGCCCAGCAGUACGAGCUGAUCAUGCAGGAGUGUGGCCAUGGGAGGUUCCAGUGGCAGCUCUUCUUCGUUCUGGGCCUGGCACUCAUGUCAGACGGCGUGGAGGUCUUCGUGGUGGGCUUCGUCCUGCCCAGCGCCGAGACAGACAUGUGCGUCCCCAACUCUGGUGCUGGAUGGCUCGGAAGCAUCGUGUACCUGGGGAUGAUGUUCGGAGCCUUCUUCUGGGGCGGCCUUUCGGACAAAGUGGGCCGUAAACAGUGUCUGCUCAUUUCCAUGUCCGUCAACGGCUUCUUCGCCUUCCUGUCCUCCUUCGUCCAAGGCUACAGCACCUUCCUCUUCUGUCGCAUGGUGUCUGGCUUUGGGAUUGGUGGCGCGGUGCCCAUAGUUUUCUCGUACUUCGCAGAGGUGUUGGCCCGGGAGAAGAGAGGGGAGCACCUGAGCUGGCUCUGCAUGUUCUGGAUGAUCGGGGGAAUCUACGCCUCGGCCAUGGCCUGGGCCAUCAUCCCGCAUUAUGGCUGGAGUUUCAGCAUGGGAUCGGCCUACCAGUUCCACAGCUGGCGAGUGUUCGUGGUGGUGUGUGCGCUGCCGUGUGUCUCAGCGGUCGUAGCUCUGACUUUUAUGCCUGAGAGCCCCCGCUUCUUCCUGGAGACGGGCAAACACGAUGAGGCCUGGAUGGUGCUCAAACACAUCCAUGACACAAACAUGCGAGCCAGAGGGGAACCCGAGAGAGUGUUCACUGUGAACAGGAUAAAAGUCCCCAGGCAGCUGGAUGAGCUGGUGGAGAUGCAGAGCGAGUCAGCCAACCCGGUGCUCAAGGUCUUCUGCAAGAUCAAAGCGGAGCUCAGAGGAAUUUGGUUAACUUUUCUGAGAUGCUUCAUCCACCCAGUAAAAGACAACACCAUAAAACUUGCUACAGUCUGGUUUACUCUGUCUUUUGGGUUCUAUGGGCUGUCAGUGUGGUUCCCUGAUGUCAUCAAGCACCUUCAGGCAGACGACUACGCCUCCAGAGUGAAGAUUCACAACAACGAACGCAUCGAAGACUUCACCUUCAACUUCACUCUGGAGAACCAGAUCCACAGAAACGGCGCCUUCAUAAACGACCGGUUCAUCAGCAUGAAGUUCAAGGCCGUCACCUUCAUUGACUCGUCUUUCUUUAACUGUUACUUCGAGGACGUCUCCUCGGUGGGAUCAUUUUUCAAAAACUGCUCCUUUGUGGACUCUUUCUUCUACAACACAGAUAUCGAUGACACCAAGCUAACCAACUCCAGAAUAAUUAACAGCUCCUUCCAUCACAACAAGACGGGCUGUCAGAUGACGUUCGAUAACGACUACAGUGCCUACUGGGUCUACUUUGUCAACUUCUUGGGAACGCUGGCCGUGCUGCCGGGAAACAUUGUGUCUGCUCUGCUCAUGGACAAGAUUGGACGCCUCAGCAUGCUGGGAGGCUCCAUGGUUCUGUCAGGCAUCAGCUGCUUCUUCCUCUGGUUCGGCACCAGCGAGUCGAUGAUGAUCUUCAUGCUCUGUCUCUACAAUGGCCUCAGCAUUUCUGCGUGGAACUCUCUGGACGUCGUCACAGCAGAACUUUACCCCACAGAUAGACGGGGAACGGGCUUUGGCUUCUGUAAUGCCAUGUGUAAGCUGGCUGCAGUGCUGGGCAACCUGAUCUUCGGCUCACUGGUUGGCAUCACUAAGGCUAUUCCCAUCCUGCUGGCGUCCUCCGUGCUUGUUGGCGGGGGGCUGGUGGGACUCCGGCUGCCCGACACACGAGCCAACGUCCUCAUGUAGACCUUGUCCCAGAAGGACCUUAUUUACCAGGUUUUUACUCAGUGCACCGAAAAAUGACUCACCUCUGAAUUCUAACUAAAGCAACAGUUCCAUUAAUCAUUAAUUAAAAAUACAUUUAUUCAUCAUAAAGGCACCUCAUGUCACUUUAAACCCAAAAGUGCAAGAGGUGAAAGUUUUUCUGUUGUGAGUAAAUGCCCGUUAAAGCUCAAAAGAGGUUCAUGUAAGGGUACAAACACUCUACCGGUGUUUUGUUAUAAAACCUGAUUUAAAGGUUCAAAGCUUCCUUACAUCAAAAAAAUAUAUAUCUCAGUGUGCCAAAGCGGCAAAAGGCUUAGACUUCCAUGUUUUAGACGGUUAGCUUAGCUUAAAUGAAAAAAUAAAUUAUUUAAAACAGCAAGCAACCACUGGUUAUGCAAGCAUUCAUCACAGUGGUGUGUUCAUUGUUUGAAGGGUUUGGCCUUUUUCCCGCUGCCUGCUUGAUUUAUUUGUGUUUGAGCAGUUGUUUUAUUGGUCGGUCACAGGUUUCUAUCAGAGCGAGCAAAUGUAGCACAACUCUGACAGAAGAUAAGAUCUGUUUGUGUUGAUCUGCUAUCUGGUUGUCCCUUUUCUUUGAACUGUGCUAGAGCAUAACUAUUUGCCUGACCUCUUGGUCUGCGGUCUGCUUUAACAGUCGGACUCGAUGAUCUCAACCCGAGUGCAGAUGCCACUAUUUUAAAACAGUCCAGGACAGUACAUGGCAGUACGCACUUUUUGUAGGUUUACCAUUUGCUAAUAAAGAACGUGUUAUGUUUAAUCUCAUUGCACCGUCUCAUACCUGAAAAGUAAGAGGAGAGGUUAAUUAAUUAAUGUCACAGAUUUGGAGAACCAGGCUCGGGCAUGUUUAGUGAGAACAGCAGAGUCCAAAGAACCGUGCUCCAGCCCAAGCCAUCCACAGCUUGACUAUAGGUGACCCAAACAGGAGCGGUCCCAUUAGCCAAACCAACCCGACUUUGGGGAUCAAACUGGCUUGGACACAAUAUGAAUAGUAUCUAGCGAGAGUACUCUCUUAGGUCUUGUUUCCAUUCUUAAUCGUUUGUAGCCUGAAAGAACCUUGAAUGCAGAGAUACUAAUCAAAAUAUCUUAUUUAGUUGGGUCCAGUACAGAACAGAACACUUUUAGCUGAUACCUUUUGUAAAAGCCACAGAGAAUCAACCACCUCUGCAUAACCUUCUCUUCUGCAUCCUUCUCGCUCACACCAACCACCCUCAUGUCCUCCUCAACUAUAUCAAUGAACCUCCUCUUUGGUAUCUCCAACCUCCCGUCUUCUAUACAUCACAACUGAAACCUUCCUCUUCACCUCUUUCCCACACACUGUUGUUGUUUUUGGUCUGACCCUAAAGUCGUCCUCCUUCUUCACCUCUUUUCCUUGUGACCUCACCGUUCCUCCAGGGUUCCUCUCAUUUACUGACUUGCUGCAACUGGUUCAGAGGCACUCAGCGAGACAUUUUAAUUUUAAAAAGCUUUACUCGAAACAUCUGUGAGCUCAGAAGAUCUGCCUUCAAAUGGAACACAGGUGGAGAUUUACAAAAAAACAACAAAUAAAAGGUUAAUACAAGAAAAAAAAGUCACUAACAUCCUUUGGCAAGUCUUUGGAGUUACCUAAACUGCUAUUUGUCUUUUUUUGCAACAAAAAAAUAUAUAUUUAUGAAACAAAAGAUCAUGAUUCACCCAAACACUACAACACUCACAGCAAGCUACAUCAAUUUAUCACCAACUAACAAUGGAGAUGCACUUAUAAAGGACUGGUAAAGUAAAGUAAAGUAAAGAAAGUGAAGUAAAAAAAAAAAAUCACAAUGGCCUCCAAUUGUUAGCAUUAGCAUGCCACACCUGCUGCUUUUGCUAGCAACGGAUGGUCUAAUUACAGAAAAACUAAGGGAAAACCCACAUAUAAAUGUAGUUUGACUUAAUGCAGAGUUCAAACCCUCAACUGGGACAACCAGAUAUUUUUCUGAGUGUAAACAGAAGCAUCAAUUGCAACAGAAGCAUCAAAUGCAACCUCUAGUGUAGAUUUCUCUGGAAAAACCACUUUGGUAAAUUCUUACGUUUGUUUCCCUGAAGCUCACAAAUUAAUAGUCAUGUUAGAAUAAAAACAAUUUUUAUGUGGAGACUCUUUCACCCAUCUGAAAACUAUUAUCUCAAACUUUAAUGGUGGGGAUUUAUCUGCAUAUCUUUAGUAGGGAUUGGAGAUCAGGAGAUCUUGAGGACCUUAAACCAAACCCCUUGUGAGCUUUACAGGUCCGGGUCCAUAGACAUGUUGCCGUUUUCCAUCUGCUCUCAGUCUUGCCAUUAACUCGGCUAACAAGCUGGUACCAGAUUUCAUGUUGGUGUUUGAAUAGCUGCUUUCUUUGGCAUUUGCCUCUACAUUUUGGAUUGAUAUUUUAUGGGAGGUAUUUAAGCCUUUUGCUGCAAUUUGCAAUAAAAACAAGGCCAUGAUAAAACAACAACUGCAAAGCCGUAGUUUAGCCAAAACUGACAGCUUCAGCAGCUAUAUUUCUGAACUAAAAAUGAAAAGAAGUUUACAUUUUCUGCUUUUUAACAGUAAAAGAUUUUGCAUCUGGAUCCUUUUGUCCGAAUGUGUUCUCUCUCGUGUCUUUACUCGUCUAGUGAUAUCAAGCUCAUAAUAAAGAGCUGUGUAGAAGAAAAUUUUGUUUAUGAAAAUGUGAUUUUCUCUGUAAUUUCUUUGAAUUUUGUGCUGUUUUGUUUGUUAGCUCAUUCUUGUUGAUCUUCUGCUUCCUUGCUGCUGCUUCCUCUAAGACUCAAAGGCCUUUUUUUUCAAAUGCUGUGCCUCUUCCUCCAUCAACUCUUGUCACUUCUUCCAAACCUUGCUGGAAGCUUUGCUGCUCUUUCUGCGCUUUGGAUCCUUUUUCACUUGACUUUAAGUGUAUGGUCAUCUAUUUUUUUGUUUUUUUUGCAAAAACAAAUAUUAGGUUCAUGCCAUUUGGCAAAAAUUCAAGCCAUGAGGGUUACCUCAUCCAGAAAUGUACUUGUGGUGCAGAUUUGGUUUAUGGGCUGGGUUGCUCAAACUAAAUGCAUUGGAGGUGAAUAAAAUGUGUUUGUACAUAAAGCUGUGUAGUCUGAGUCUAAAACAUAGUAAAGGUUUUACCUUAAUUUUCUGUCCCAUGAUGCAAUGUGGAUUUGCUUCUUAAAUUUGGUGUUUCUUUCAGGAACUAAAAGCUUUUAAAAACAGGACCUACCCACAGUUCACUUGACCACAUUUUGAAGUAAUGCUAAGAGUCUUCACUAAAUUGAUAAAAUGAACUUCAGUGUGUUGCAGUUUCACCCCUCUCAUUUAGGUGGAUCAAUGUUUGAUUGUUUGAUUUAUGGUGGCUUGGAGUAAAAAAAAUCAAUUAUCUUAGCCUCAGAUUUGGUCCAGUUUUGUUUUUUAAUCUAAAGUACCGGUAGUCAGUUUCUGGGGGGCUUUUAUUGUUUACAAAAGGAUGAAUAAAGUCAAAUAAUAUUGUUUAAAAGCAGUGAAAUUGUUUUUUUACUUUACUUUUUGAGGGGUUGAAAGAACUCUUCCAUCUUGCUGUGGAAAAACCUCCUUUGGAAAGAACAAGCAGCAGUCUUAAGGUCAUAAAAUUGGUGAAGUACUGUUAUGGAAAAGCCUUGGUUAUUGUUGGUCUAAAUAGUUCAAUUUGAAGUAGUUGAGAACCAUGGAAACCAAAUGAAUAAUUAGUUUUGUUUGGGCUUAUUGGUUUUGUCAUCAGCAAAACAAAAAACCUUCACAGAUUUUCCUCACAGGAAGAAAAUACAUUGUGGAAAAAAAGUCUCAUUCUAGAACCUAGUAGGACUCCAAAACUAACUUAUUUCAGUUUAACCCUUUUACUCAAGAGCGUUACCUCCAGUGUUGACGUUCUUUGAAUCACUGUAACUAUUCAGCCGUAUACGCAAUUAACCUAAUUCCAGCGGAUUCUGAAGCGGAGAAAAGCAGCUCUGCGCUGAUAUUUCAUGCUUUACAGAAGCGGAGUGUUUGCACAAUUAACGUGAACCAGCUGACUCUGACAUGGAGAAAAAACACUUUAUGCUCAUAUGCAACACUUUACAUUAGACUUUCCAUUAGAAUCUGUAGGAAUUCCAUUAAUUGCAUAAAUGAUCAGAGUUAUGGUAGUUCAUUGGGAAUGUAUUACUAUUCAUUUACAGGUUAGCUACACGAAAAAUGAGGUUGUUACUGAAAAAAAAACACGACAGCAGUUUUAGACAGAAACGGCCUCCUCCAUCAGGAUCUAAAUGUCUCUGGAUGGAGAUAUGUUGUGUGCAGUGGAUGUUAAGUUAUUUGCCGUGUUUCUAUUGAGCAGGUCACCUAAGAAAGGAAAGAAUUAUAUUGUAUUUCUGAUGAACACUAAAUACCUUUAUCCGCAAUAGUCAUUUAAUACAAUCAUUGUUCCAGUAGUUUCAGCCAUCCCUUUUUGUUAGGACUUUGAAGAGUUUUACAAAAUUAAAAGGCACUAAAGUGAACUGAACCUACUGUGGAUGCAGUUGUUUGUUAGAUAUUUGAACUUAUGCAAAACUAUCGCUGCAAAGUCCACAAGAUUUUCAGUUGUUAAAAGAGUGUUUCUUGUAGGACAUGUUCCCUUGUCAGACAGCUGAUUUAUAGAAUGCUCUGAGAGACUUUCAAGAUGUUAGAUUCACCUCCAAUGGAUUGACCACAUCUGACUAAAUAAAAGGGACUCCCUUAACACUGUUGGAUUUUCUUGCGUUGGUGCUUAGGUUGAAAAACCUUUUUUGUGACUAGAAGCCUCGCUGCUAAGCUAUUAGAUGCUUAACAUGUGAAUGGACAUUAGAGCUUCUAAACUUCUGCUCUCAAAAACAUCUGUGCUGUUUAAGUUGGUGUUUACUGAUCUGCUCAUUGCUUAUGUGUGAAACUUUUUUUUUUCCCUUUCAAGAAUAUUUUUGCAAGACUGUAAGCUCUGUGUCGGAUGCUUUUCCUCUGAUGUCUGCAUCGCUCCGUUCACGACGUGCUGAACAAACUCUCUGGAAGCAAAAUCCUGCAUGUUUGUUACUGAAGUGUCCCUGUUUUGUGUGCUUCUUCCUCCUCAGUGUCUUCACUGUUCCUCUGUGAGGGUUAACAGCUGUGGUUCCUGGGUUAAAGGUGAAUGUAUCACUCUUGUGUGUCGUCAGAUUUGCUGUCCGUUGUACAAAGUUCUGGAGUUUUGUGAAAGAGCAUGUGUUGAGGUGACUGUCCACGAUGUUUUCCAGCAGGAGUCUUCAGAUCUUCCUUUGGCGGUGUUUCCAUUAAGAAUAAUUAGCACAAAGUGACUCCAACAGUAAUCUACAUCUGAGAAGCUCUGCUGUGGAACAGUGUGUGGAAGUGUGUGUUAAACUGUUAUCUGUCCUUGAUAUGAUAUAUUUUGAUAAGAAAAGGCUCGAGUGGAUGCCGUGUAAAGGUGGAUUCCUCAUUCAGAAUAAAGACUUUUAUUUGAAGAACUGCAAA